AAAUACAUCUCUUUCUUCCUUAUAUCUUUCUAGCGAAGCUAAACUUAGUCAAUUUUUUCUUUGGGAGAUGCUAAACUACUGAUCUUUUCCAAGCAAACUUCGAUAACAAGAGCGGUUGAUUUCACUCCAAUAUCCAAUGUGAUACUGGUUCAUAAAUCGUAGAAUGACACGCCUACUAUGGUCGUAAUCUGUUCAUACAGCUUAUAAUGAACUUGCAACAUUACAAUAAAAAAGAGGUUUAGCAGAUUAUUGCUUUUGGUAUCACGAAGGGACAAUGUAGUCUGUUCCUAUUGGCCGGAUUUCAAGUGCAUAAUGUCAUUAUGAUAUCAAGAUUUUGCUAUUUAUUUAUUUUUUACCUUUUUCAAUUCAUACCAAAUGGCUUCGUUUUUCUUUGAUGAUUACACUUUUCCCAGUGAGCUCUACGACCGUGAAUCAGGCGACUUUACUGCUCCUGUCCGAACUCUAAUUGAUUUUGCGCCUCAUAUUCUCCAAGAACUACCAAAGCAAGAAAAAGAUCAAAAACCAAUUCAUUCAGAGAAACAGGAUUCGUGGACAAAGAAGUUUUUAUCCUCUACCGGUAAAAGUUAUUUUGGCUCACUUUUGACUUCAGAAAGAACACAGGCUUUGACUGAAUUUGUAAUUCGAUGUGGUAACGAGUAUGUAAAAUCCACAGGAGAAAAAAGACGGGAAGAAGAACGUUUUAAGCAGUAUAAGGCUGAAGAUCGUAAACGAAGAAAGCGAGAAAAUAGGUCGAGAUGGUUCAAUAAAGAGGAAGUAUCAUCCUCAUCUGAAGACGAAGAAGAAAAGAUGGAAGAAAGACUUCGACAAGAAAAAGAAAAGAAACAGGCUGAAAAGGAGAAGAGGGAGAAAGCACAAAAGGAAAAGGCCACUACCUCACAAGAUGUAACGCGCAGCGCAACUACAAAUAAUGCUAUCAUGACGUCUGCAGUGGCCGCCAGUGUGUUAUCACUGUCACUCUAUUCAACUUAUCAAGCAAGUGUAGCAUUUAGUGAUAUUUCAUUCCACAAUCAAUUGGAAUUAUUAAUUACGCAGAUACAAUCGAUCAUUCAAAGUACGGAAGUUUGGAUUCAAGAGCAUGAAAAGAUGAAUGAUAAAGUGCCAAAACAAGUACGAACAGAUCUUAUACUGGUUAAACAAUUGGUGGAUAAUUUGAUUAGACUUGAUCCUCGUUCUAAUAAAAGAGUCGAGGCAGCCGGAUGGGGGUUAAGUGCAGUAGGUGGAUUAUCUGCAUUAGGUGGAUUCGCUUUAGGAAGUGCAGCUGUUGCUACAGGAGGAGCUGCCCUUGCAGUAGGUGGAGUAAUUGCAAUGGUGUCCGCUAAAGCACAGUCUGCCGGUAAAAGCAAAUUAGGCGCCAGAGUAUUGUUAGAAAGUCAAGUACGUGAAAAGGUGAAGGAGUGUCAGAAGAAUGCUAAAGAAAGAGAGAGGAUCAUCGAAAACGAUUUUCAUCAACCCAACAUACCCGUUAACAAAAUAAAAGAAAAGGUAGAAACCAAGACUGGAGAAAAGAGGAAAUUGACAGAGCCAUUGUCUAGUGCAAGUACUGCUGUUCCCAAAAAGAAGGAGAAAACAGCAGUGUUAUGUUAAGAUACAGUUCCGAUUAAGUUUGAGUAAAUGUCUGGCUGUUCUUUAAAAAGAGUCAUGUCAACCCCCCAGACAGACGGUAAACUUUGCAUAAAAAUAAACAACUUUUGAUUAAACACCCCCGUUUCCCAAUAAAUCCCCUUCCCGUUCUCCUUUAUGAUUUGAUAAUAAUUUGCCUUUUACAGUCUCGACUAAGACUAUUACGACAUGCAAAAUGUGAUUAUUAUUAUUUCUUCUUUGCCAAAGAGUAUGAAAUAAGCCCCUAAUAAUAUAGUUGUUGGAAUCCA